UUUUUCUCGUACCUAUCUCGUUUACAGCGGUCGGGCGAGAGUGUAGAUCGGCGGAGAGCAGGAUCAGGAUGUCCCCAACAAAGCUGUUGUCUGUCUCGCUUCUAUGGAUUCUGGUCUUGUUCGGAACCCUAGCUAUCAUUCAGUUUUGUUCCCAGAAUCAAUUAAGCAAUGCUGGAGUUCCCUCUGGUCGAAACGGGAUUGAUAGCGAGCUCGAUGAGGCAAAGAAAUCAAAGGAGGAUUUGGAGGUGACCCACAAAGUAUACUUCGACAUUGAGAUUGAUGGAAAACCUGCUGGUCGCAUUGUAAUGGGCCUUUUUGGGAAAACAGUCCCCAAAACUGCAGAAAACUUUCGAGCACUUUGCACAGGGGAGAAAGGUGUUGGAAAGAGUGGGAAGCCUCUCCACUACAAGGGGAGUACAUUCCAUAGGAUCAUUCCCAGCUUUAUGAUUCAAGGUGGCGAUUUCACACUAGGAGAUGGAAGAGGUGGAGAAUCAAUUUAUGGUACCAAGUUUGCUGAUGAGAACUUCAAAUUGAAGCACACUGGUCCUGGGCUGCUGUCAAUGGCAAAUGCUGGGCCGGAUACCAAUGGCUCACAAUUCUUCAUUACAACAGUGACUACAAGCUGGUUAGAUGGCAGACAUGUGGUGUUUGGCCAAGUGGUAUCUGGGAUGGAUGUGGUUUAUAAGAUUGAGGCUGAAGGGAGACAAAGUGGCACGCCUAAAAGCAAAGUUGUCAUCGUAGACAGUGGCGAGCUUCCUUUGUGAUCACUUGUUUUUCCUCCUUCACGUCAAGCUUGUCUAUUAUAACGACCUUCCCUUUUCAAUAUCGUCUAUGUGAUACAUUAUAAGUUAUGUACGAUAGCAUUUUAAUUAUAUAUAGUUUUCAGCCUUGACUCA